AUGUCGAAUGUAGAAAACGUAUGCCCUCAAGUUCUGCGCGGUGUGGCGCGAGAACUACGGCGGUUGGUAGCCAACCCUCCCUCUGGUAUUAAGUUAGUGCUUCGAGAAGAUGACCUCACUGAUGUUGUAGCGCUUAUUGAAGGCCCAGCGGGGACGCCGUACGCCGGUGGCGUGUUCCGCGUGCGGCUGGCGCUGGGGCGGGAGUUCCCGCUGGCGCCGCCGCGCGCCUUCUUCCUCACCAAGAUCUUCCACCCCAACGUGUCGGCGGCGGGCGAGGUGUGCGUCAACACGCUGAAGCGCGACUGGCGCGCCGAGCUCGGCCUCGAGCACGCGCUGCUCGCCGUCAAGUGCCUGCUCAUCGCGCCCAACGCCGACUCCGCGCUCAACGCGGAGGCCGCGGCGCUGCUGCGCGACCGCUACGACGACUACUUCGCGCGCGCCAAGCUCUACACCGACAUACACGCGGUGGCCGCGCCCGCUUCCACCGUUGCAGGCGCGCCCGCCCCCGCCGCCGCAGGCGCAGCUGCCCCCGGCGCCGCCCGCGCGCCCGUCCCCGGGGGUGGCGAGGGCGGCGAGGGCCCGCGCGCAAAGCGUGAGCGCCGCGGCGGGGCGCCGCCCGCGCGCGACAAGCGCCGCAUCCUGAAACGCUUA